UUUCCUCCAGUGGGCGGAGUAGCAGUAUAGGGCUCUGCCCGCACAGCUCUGCUCUCAGCUCCGCUUCGCGUAGUUGCCGUUACCUCUCCAUUCAUGCGGACCCGGCCGAAGCUCAUGGACUAGCUGGAGGUCUGGUGGUGGACUGUAUCGUGCUUGUAGCGGACUGGCUGACACAGUGGACAAUGGCUGCCAAGGAGGACCUCUACAGUAAAAUCCUCCCUCGGAGGCUCCGGCAGAAUCGGUCGGGUUCAGUGAAAUGUGGCUCCAACCUGGACGUGCUGUUAUCCAUGGGCUUCCCCAGACCAAGGGCACUGAAAGCUCUGGUAUCAACAGGAGGUCGGAGUGUGCAAGCAGCAUGUGACUGGCUGUUCUCCCAUGUGGAUGAUCCGUUCCUGGACGACCCUCUGCCCAGGGAAUUUGUCCUGUACCUACGACCCAGCGGACCACUACAGAACCAGCUCUCACACUUCUGGCAACAGAGCCGGGUCACCUGUGGAAAAAACAAAGCCCACAACAUUUUCCCCCACAUCACCCUCUGCCAGUUCUUCAUGUGUGCAGACCACCAAGUAGAAGCUCUUUGCGAGGCCCUCCAGGCCUCCGUCCAGCAGUGGCGGGGUCGAUUUCCCAGCCCAUUGCCUCUAGAGCUCUACACUUCCUCCAACUUCAUUGGUCUUUUUGUGGAGGAGCAGGUAGCUGACAUCCUCAGGCAGUUUGCGACCGACUUCGCCACAGAGGCCGCCAGGACGGCAGAGGUCCAUGUGGAGCCUCAUAAGAAGCAGCUCCACGUAACUCUGGCCUACAACUUCCCCACCAAUCACCUCCCAUCACUGGAGAAACUGGCCAAGGGCAUCGAAGUCAAGCUAGGCUGUGAUUGGCUGGCAGUCCUGUUCUCCCGGGACAUUCGUUUUGCAAACCAUGAGACCCUGCGGGUGAUGUACCCCUACUUGCCUCAGAAUGAGGAUGAGCUGGAGCUGGUUCCUGGCGAUUUUGUCUUCAUGUCUCCAGUGGAUCAGAGCAGUACCAGUGAGGGCUGGGUGUACGGGACCUCGCUGGCCUCUGGGCUGUCUGGCCUGCUGCCUGAGAACUAUGUCAGCCUGGCCGACGAGUCCGACACCUGGGUCUUCCAUGGCUCCCAUUCAUUCUUCAGCUGUGGGCCCAGUGACAAAACCAGCAAGGAGAGAGGGAUGUUUGAUGCGCUGCUGGACAGCCGACGCCCUGACAACACCAGUCCUGGAGACACACCCUCCCUCAGUCUCAUUUGUCAUCCAAUGCAGCAGGUCCUGCGGAUUAGUGGUAGUCACUCUAGGCAGCCCAAGCGGACACUUUUUGUCUGUCGGCACGGUGAGAGGAUGGAUGUGGUCUUUGGCAAACACUGGCUCUCCCUCUGCUCCGACACUAAAGGUAGAUAUGUACGUUCCAAUCUGAACAUGCCUCCCAGUUUGCCGCUGUGGGGAGGACAGAGAGAUUACGACAUGGACGCUCCCAUCACUGUGUUUGGAUCCACUCAGGCUCGAAUAGUGGGUGAGGCCCUAUUAGAGAGUAACACAGUGAUAGACUUUGUGUACUGCUCUCCCUCUCUGCGUUGUGUUCAGACUGCACAGAACAUCCUGAAAGGUCUGCAGCAGGACGGUAAGCUGAAGGUACGAGUGGAACCGGGGCUUUUUGAAUGGACCAAGUGGGUUUCUGGGAACUCUCUGCCUGCAUGGAUACCUCCCACUGACCUGGCUGCAGCCCACUUCAGUGUGGACACAACAUACAGACCUCUGAUGCCAGUCAGCAAGCUCACUGUGUCUGAAUCCUAUGAAAACUACAUGAGCCGGAGCUACCAAGUGACCAAAGAUAUCCUGUCAGACUGUAAAAACACUGGAAACAAUGUGCUGAUUGUUGCCCACGCUUCUUCCUUAGAGGCUUGCACACGCCAGCUGCAGGGCCGUGGCCCACAGAGCGCCAAGGACUUCAUCCAAGUAGUCCGAAAGAUCCCCUACCUGGGCUUCUGCUCGUGUGAGGAGCAGGGAGACACAGGGGUUUGGCAGUUAGUGGACCCUCCCAUCCUCCCCCUCACACAUGGGCCAAACCACUCCUUUGACUGGCGGGAGACACUUCUGCAAGAAUGACAUCUGAUCUGAUCUCCGUCCAACCUGUUCAUACUGUGCUCCCAACCAUUGACUGCUGUAACACGUUUCAGACCAGUGCCCCCAAAAUACUGGAACCUUUCUCUUUUCAGCCUCUUUACACACAGCUGAUGGCUUAGCAGUGACGGUCUGAAGAAGCUUCCUGCCUGAACAUGAGGAGCCCAGUCCCAGCCGGUGAAUGG